UGGUGAUCAAUGUUAUAGCCUGCUAGCAGUGGCUUACCCUUCCGCGUUCAUUACAGUACGAUUCGGUGAAGUCGUAAAAAUAACCCUGCAAAUGAGGUCUGUUGCCGAUGAGAAACAACACAAAUAGGGUAUAUAUGACGCACUGAGUCGGUGAAAUCCCUGCUUAAACAGAUAAGAAGAAAUCACUGCUAGCAAAGAGUUAAAAAGCGGCGUUCAACAUGAUUUUCCCGAUUCAACGGAACCGCCAUUUUGUUUUCCCACUCUGAGUUGAGGCGUGUCCGCGUGAGACUGGGCAUAGUAAUACUCAUCUCUGAUUGGUUAAUCAGAUUGUUUAUCAAAUAUAACCAAAAAUGGUAAUGUUCCGCACUGUUCAUUACGCUAAAAUCACAAAGGAAGUGUCGGCUUUUAAAAUAUAUAAUAACAAAUAAUUACUGCUUUGUCAGCCAAUAGCAAUAGGGUUCGUCGCAUUUUCACUCACGCAUCUUUUAACUUCUCAGUGAUACGAUUAUGUUGGGUUUAUUUCGAGCAAUUAGAGUGUGAAAUAUUAGAGGGCACGAAUCUCAAUUACUCUUACUUUCCUCUAAAGUGGAAGAGUUUUUCUUCAUUAGGCAAAAAAAGCUCAUGUUCUCUUGUAGUUUUUAGUUAUGUUGGAUUAUAUAAAUUUUCAAAGCAGGAAGUUUUCAAACGAAGGAUGAAAAUACUGUUUGGAAUACUGUGGUUAGUUAAGAAGCACUUUUCGCUCCCCGUCAGUAAUGUUUUGGGCCGCAGUACCAUUUUGACGUCUUGCUCCCAACGAUGACCGAAGUAUUUAGCAAAGAAACACCAUCUCGAUGCAUCCUGGCCUUCACGGUUAUUGGAUUUGUUUUCUUAGCUAAUGCAAGCCAGGCCUUAAGUGACCUGUCUCUACAGCGCCGAGUCGUGUGUCCAGGAUCAUAAUGGCGGCUACGGACCAAAUGUUACGACUGUCGUAAGGUCUCUACUUAGCCAAAAGGACAACAAGCUUUGUAGACCCUACACUACAGAUAACGCGCCGGUGCUGGUAACAACCGAGUUGAAUCUUGUAUCGAUCAGUCAGUUUCGGGAAGCAGACAUGGAGUUUACCGCAGAAAUGUACUUCCGCCAAGCCUGGCACGACCCAAGGCUAGCCUUUGGCGUAACCAUGGGCAACAGCACUGUCCCUGUCAUUACCUUAUAUGGAGACUUGAGUGACAGUCUAUGGCAACCGGAUACUUACUUUGAAAACGAGGUCCAAGGGAAAAUUCAUGAGCUGACGAUAAAAAACAAAUAUAUGCGUGUAUAUAGUGACGGUAGAGUCAUGACAAGUUUAAGGGUGACUCUAUCAUGCUCAUGCGCAAUGGACUUCCGCAAAUUUCCAAUGGAUAAGCAAAACUGCGGUAUAUCAUUCGCGAGCUAUGGUUACACCACGGCAGAUAUUGUCUACCAGUGGGCAGACGAGCGAGUCACGUGGGCCCACGACCAGGAAAUCGCACAGUUCGUUCUAGAGAAGAUCGAGACGGAGAAUCUAACGAGAAGAUACAUUACAGGUGAUUUCUCCGCACUUGGAAUAAGACUUCGCCUUAACCGAAGGCUCGGUCACUACCUCACACGAGUCUACGUACCCGCCGUAUUAAUCGUCAUGCUCUCGUGGCUUUCCUUCUACCUCGACAGGCAUUCGGCUCCUGCUCGGGUUUCUCUCGGGAUCACUACGGUUCUCACCAUGACAACACUUUUGAUUGGCAUCGGUCAAGGAUCGUUACCGGUCGUGUCAUACGUAAAAGCACUUGAUUGGUAUCUGUUUGUGUCGUAUUGUAUGGUGUUUGGCGCGUUCGCUGAGUACGCUGUUAUCAACCAUCGGGAUAAGUCGUACUUCCUGAAGCUUCGUAGACGAUCUAGGAUGCACAAUGUGAAGCAUAAUGGCUGCUCCGUGGAUAAGAUAACUGUAGAGGAAGUGAACAACACAUCUGACAUGCUCUAUCACUGUAUGGAGGCUCAAGGGAAUAAGAUAGUUACCGAGACUCUGGAACUUAGCGAACCGCUGACCCGUAAAGUGAACAAAACCUGCCUGGACUGGCUGAAGAGUACAUUUCUUGACCCACCGGGUCUAAUUGAUGAAUGGUCUAAGAAGCUAUUUCCACUUAUAUUCACCUUGUUUAACUUUUUCUAUUGGAUUUAUUACCUGGUUAUUUGUAAAUGAAAGUUAAAUAUAUCGGUAUAGGACACUUCAAAUAAUUUUGGAUGGUGGUUCAAGGAAAAUUAUGCAUCGAAAUUUUACGAUAAGUUAUAAUACGAAAUCAGACCAGACUAAAUACCAUUAUUCCUAUUAAGGUAUCAUGUAAAAUGGAUAAUCAGUUUAUCUUGGAAACCGCUUCGAGUAGGAUGACGGAUCCAAGAUUCCAGGAAAAUGUUGAAUGUCAUGGAAAUUUCAGAAAUUUCGAUUCAAGGUAACUUUAUGAAACAGGAGCUUUCUUAAUUGCUACAAUGCUUUAAAAUAUAUCUUGAAUAUCCAUCUAUAUUUUCUUCAUACAUUGUAUUGCUUACAAAUAAACUUACGAAUAAAAAAAACACUUGGCGUUUGCCUGCGGCGAU